AUGGCUCGUAAUGGUAAUAUGAGAAAAGUAUUUGUCCGGGAGAUCCUAAGUGGAAGCAACCUUGAUGCUUGUUACGAUCUAAUAAAAGAUGAGGUGAUUAAGGCUAUUGAAUAUGUUAGAAUGAGGGUUGGAAGUCCUGUAAGGAUUGAUGAACUGGCUUUCCAAACAGAACUCAAUGUGAUUUUGAGUAUGUUGUGGGGUGGGACACUUGAACAAAAUCAACUAACUGACAAAGCAGGAUCUGAUUUCAGGGCGGUCUUCGCGAACAUGUUGGAUGUUUUAGGAAAGCCAAGUAUAUCUGACUUCUUCCCAAUCCUCCGCAGGUUUGAUCUCCAGGGAGUUGAGAAAGAAGCCAACACUCUUUUACAAGUAGCUGAUAGUAUUUUUGAUGCAGUGAUCAAUGGAAGAUUGAAGAUGAGUGAGGAUGAAAUGAAAACUGAUACGACAGCUACAAUGCAUAAGGAAGUCCUGGAGAAAGUCCAAAAGGAAUUGGAAGAUGUGGUAGGGUUAGACAACAUUGUUGAAGAGUAUCAUCUGCCAAAAUUGCAUUACUUGGAAGCUGUAGUGAAAGAAGCUUUGCGCUUACAUCCUGCUGUUCCUCUGCUUAUCCGGAAAAAUCCAGCAUUGUAG